UCCCGGGCCGCAGAGCAGGAGGGCGGGACGCUGCUCGCGCGCUACGUGCAGAAACGCCGUCGUCGUCGCACCGGAACGUUUCUGAGCGACAGACUCAUGUGUGUGUGGGGAGGGUGUGUGUGUGCGUGUGUGUUUCUCUCUGCUGAACCGUGAGGAAGCUCCGAGAGCUGCGACUUUCCUCCUCACACACUCACAUUAAUGAUUAAAGCGCUUGGGAAGAAGUGACGCGAUGCGCGCGGUUUCGCUUUAUCUGUAACGUUAAACAGCGCGCGCGCACAGACACACACACACACACACACACACACCCCGACCGAAGGGUUGCGUCCGUGAUUCACAUAGUGUGGCUUUUAAUUACAGUGCAUUGGAUCGGAAGAAGAAAGGAAUCUAAAGGAAGAAGAGAAAAGGUAGGACAUCCAUGACCUCGGAUUUCCAGCACGACAGUUUCAGGAUGCCGAAUAUAGGAUUUCAAAACCUCCCCCUCAACAUCUACAUCGUGGUGUUCGGAACUGCCAUCUUCGUGUUCAUCCUCAGCCUUCUGUUCUGCUGCUAUCUGAUACGGUUACGACACCAGGCACACAAGGAGCUGUAUGCAUAUAAACAGGUUAUUCAGAAGGAAAAAGUCAAAGAACUAAAUCUGCAUGAGAUCUGUGCCGUGUGCUUGGAGGAGUUCAAGCAGAAGGACGAGCUGGGGAUCUGUCCGUGCAAACACGCCUUUCACAGGAAGUGCCUCAUCAAGUGGCUGGAGGUGAGGAAGGUGUGUCCGCUGUGUAACAUGCCCGUCUUACAGCUGGCGCAGCAGCAGGGAACCUCCGAGACGACGGCCCUGACGCAGCAGCCCCUGCCUGGGGUGGAGAACCUGGUGUAGCCUUGAUGUCCUCCUCUUUUCCUCUUCCUCCUCCUACCUCCGCCCUCACUCGCUCUGCUGUACAGGUACACGACAAAAACAACAACAACAUCGACAUCAACAACAAUCGGCGGCGCCCUCGCUUUCCGCCUCGGCAGAUUCGCCAUCGGACGGAUUCUCGUCCUACCAUGAUGACCGGCGAAUCCCAAGCAAGAUCAACGUUUUAUUAUUUUACUUUUUUUUUUCUUUAAGGGGGCAGUAAAGAUUCGGACUGUUCCACACCAAAGCACUUUUCUGGGGACAUCAUCGCAAGAGGCGAACACAAACUAUUUAUAAAGAGACGGAAAAAGAUGAAUGAUUCACAACAACAAACAAAAAGUGUUUUUUUUUUUAUUAUUAUUAUUUUAACAAGCACUUUACUUGGACUCAACCUUAAUCUUAAUCGCUUGUCAAGAUGGUAGCAAGUUUUGUAUUAUUUCAAUUAACUGUAUUAUUACUAUCUACUUUUCUUUUUUUUUUUUUUUAGUGAUGUAUACAGAGCUACAGAAUUGUGAUCGGUUAAAUUAAUACAAUGUGAUUAAAGAAGGGACGACAGUUUUGCACAGUGCAGAAGGGCAACGGUAGGAAGUGGAGUCUUUCUCGAAGAAGAUCCUUUAAAUGGAAGCGGAAAUAGCAUUUGACAUUUGGCUCCCUGCAGAAGGCGUAUGAGCCAUUCACGAAUGCUCUGGUGUAGUGCACUAGGAAGGCAUCCUAGGUGGAUGGAAGUAGCUCUUCUGGGCUGAUCUGAGACCAGUUUUGUGGUCAUAUUAUAGUUAAGGUUUUGUCUCAGUGCAGAAGAGGAGUCUCUGAUUGGCUGGAGGAUCUCAAGGCGUUGGCCAACCAAUUGUGAAUAAGAAGUUCAACUAUGGAGGAAAACAUCAUGAUACAAACUUUCUGUCGCUCUGUUUGGUAGUCAGUCCUUUACCUGCAGCACGUCCAAACAAAACUAAUCGAAAGGAAAUGUCCUGGUUGCUUUCUUGCUGUUGUUUACGCACUGAGUUUUCUUACACUGGUCCAAUCUCUGAACGUCCUUCCAUUGUGUAAAAAGAGACAGUGUGUAAGUUGAAUCAAAUUAACCACCCCACUCUUUUAAAAAAACUCAUCCACACUGCGCUCAUUGGCCCAAAAAAAUGUUUCGAUUGUUUCAAUUUAUGUUUUGCCUCUGAAAAACUGUGUCCUGUUUUCAAACUACUGAAUCAAAUUCAGUAUCAGAACACAUUUGAGAUUGAAGACUCUCGAGUUACACUAGAUCCCUGAACUAAGAAGUGUGAUUUGAAAUGGUCACCUCGUCUCGAUUGCCUGAUUUUACAGAUGUAAAUUAACAUUCUUCUAUUUUUUAAAUGAAGACUCACUCAGUAUUUUAGUGAUGAACAAAGUCGUAGUUGUUAUGGUAACGUUUAACAUGUAAAUAGUUGAGAAAAGGACAAAAAUCGAUAUCAAGAUCAUGUUGUGAGUGACAAACACUUAGCAAGCACUUAGCUAGCUAGCUGUUUGUUUCAAUUUGGAGACAUUUCCAAAUUGUAUGUUGAUAAAUAGUCAUAAAUCCUGAAAUGUUCUGAAACCAUUUUCAGUCACAGGAGUACUUUCACAUGUACAGAAUCAAAUCAGCUAGCUCUUAGGAAAGGACUCGACUUGGAGCCUUGUGUCCCUGUGGAUCAUUUACGUAAAAUUGUAACCUUUGUUGGUCUUUGCUCGGAAAGAUGGCAUAUUUUUCCAGUGGAAGGAGAAGGCUCCAGUCAGGCACGUCGAACCAGACACACCCCCUACCCAACACUACAAACAUAAAAACUACAACUCAAGUCAAGGCAGUCACAUGAUCAUCCCAGAGGAACCCACAUCCAUGUUUAUGGACAGUCCCGACUGUGGUGUGUACGCCCCAGAGCCAGAGCCAGCAGGGUUCUAGCAUCGCUCAGCAUGUCUAAAAAAAAAGGGUUCCAGCACUUUGUAUCUGAUACACAAAGAGCUGUAAAUGCAUUAAGCGCAUUUCGCUGCAGCACUUCAGUCAGCAGGUUGCACCUUUAUUGAAUCUGCGCUCUGGUGCUUUCCCCAUGGCUGCAUUGUUCAUGGUGUAAAGUGCUGCGUAGGGCACUUUCAAUGGAGGUCAGAGGCUUUAAAUAGAUCUUGUGGGUUAAAAUUUUAUGAAAGCAGAAGCAUUCUUUGUCGCAGUGGCAGUAGCGGUGAAAGCUUUGCUCAUUUUAAUGCCGUGUGUCCAAUUCCAAUCCCAAAUCUAAUGCUUUUUAGGAGAGCUGUUUGGAAAAUCUUUAAAAUUUGUCAUUAUUAAUUCUCAAUCAUGGUAUAAGGAUGUACAUUGUUUGAUUGCGUCCAAAUUUGACAAGAAUGUAAGCUUAUUUUACACACUAAUCUCAAUACUGGUGCAUGUUCAUUAAUGGAGAACUUCUUCUCUUCUUGUCUUAAAAGAUUCCGACUACAACCCUUAAAUCAUUACGACAAAUGAUCAGCUGUAAGGCCAUGCAAAGAUGUGCAAAGCCAAAUCAAACUGGGACAGAAGAAAUAAAAGGAGUCUUAAGUGUUCAAAACACAGAAAGUGAUACCGAUGUCUCCCGGCUGUGAUAUAAUAACCUUUACGUAAAACUACGUCAUCACGUCUUUAGCGUAUCUGCGAGGGAUGUUAUGAAGAACGUUGAAUUGAACUCCCCUGCUGUCUGUUAGAGCCUUGACACAGCAAGCCGACUGAAAAGCCAUCGCUAAGCGUUUAGCCGACUGUUGCGUGUUGCGUACGUCAUGUGUUUUGCAUUGUUGGUACUUCUCGGAUCUCGUUAACCCCAAUUUCAGCCAGUCUUAGCAUGGAUUCCUCUGAAGAUCUGCGCAGAGCAUGCUAACGUAGAAUUCCAAGCUCUAGUGUUCAACAACCCACGGUUGUAGCAGUUACGACGUUGGUGAUGCGUAACAUACUUUUUAGUACAGUAGUAUUCCUCUCGUGACAUGACGUAUGACAUAACCGGAACGUUUUCUUUCACGCUUACGUAGACUGUCUGUGGUCGUCAUUUGACGUCUUCACGAUGUGUUUGAGCACAGUUUCAUAAAAGACAGCAACUAUAGGAGGAAGUUAUUUGAGUUUUGCGUAUAAACCCAGAUUACUCAGUACUGCCCCCUUCUGGUUUUUCUGCAUGAAGAAGCAGAACGUACUUGCAUGUUGGUUGUCAUUUGUCGUCUUUGUGGUACGUUCUAGGUCAACUUUGCGUGAAAGAUGUGUGACAAUAGAAGGCAGUUGUUAGUCUGUGUUCAAAUUAUUCGUAUUAUUACGAACGAUAACUAAUGAUUACAUGCAUUCUUGGUUGUCUUCGCAAAAAACGUGAGAUGACAGUGAGACAGAAGGAGGCAGUUAUUAGUGUAUCUUUAUAUUAUUAUUUGUAUUACUAUACAAACUACUGCCCCGUCCUGGUGUGGUCCUGGUUCCCUUUCACACAGAUGCAGAACGUUUGUGCGUUUUUUGGUGUUCGUUUGGAGAAAUUGGAUGAAGUCACCCGCGUAUCUUGGUUGAUCCUCAGUGUUUGACGAUGGCUUGUUGUGUCACGGCUCUUAGAAGCCACAAAGAUCACUGAGAUUUGAUUUAAAUGCCAAAGUGUCACCUGACGUUGGCCUCAUCCUCAUUCUGAAAGUACAAGUCUGAGGACUUUAAUCUAGAGCGGAGUCGUCUUUAAAUUGUUUGCGUAAUUAAUUGUCCAGAUUGUAGACUCUGGCCUUGAUAUUGUGGAGUUCUUUCCUUCUCCCUGUCCCGUCCUGUCAUAACCCUCAUGGUUUGUGGUGUAUGGUGUUUUCUAGCGUUCCACCUCCUCAUGCUGUGUGUCUGACCGAUUAACCCUUGCACUCACACACCUUCUCCCCUGUGUUUAACACUGAUAAUGUUUGUGACGCUCACAGACAUGGUUGUAAAACUAAGAAUUCUGCAGCAGAAUAUUUUUUUGGAGACAUUCUUGCUUGUACAGUAUUUGUAAGCUCUAUUUUUGUAUAUUUAAUUGACAUUUUGGAGAAAAUAAAAAGAGAAAAAAAGAAGGAAGAUGUUCUUUUAUUUCAUUUGUUGUUUUGCUAAUUUUGUUUUAUUCAUUUAAAAAAAAUGUUGCAUGUGAUUGACUUGAACUGUAAAUAAAAAUUACCACAUUUUGGAGGUAAUAAAAGCAAAA